UUUAAUGGUGAUAAAUGCUUUCGCGAGAAUUUAUUUGUGUUCAUUUAAUUACUACCAAAUUGCGAAAUUUCUGUGAAAAUGUUUUAAAAUAAGUUUAUAGGAAAUAGUCGUGAAAAAAGACAGUACAUUGAAUUACGUAGUAACUGCUACGUCGAUAAUGUCGUUGACUUAGUACAGUAAGGUUCCGGUGAUUCGGUGAGUGUGCUCUUUUCAAACAUGGAGAGGUUACUUGUUUAAAGUAAUAUGUGGGAUUUAGGAAGUCGGAGUGUUAUUACAUUAGUAAGCGUGUUGAGUGGGUGCGUGUUUCUUUACAACGUUUGGGGUCCGAUUCUUAUUCUUACGAUUUCAUUAUUCCUUACUAUCUAUGCGUGCUACUCUUUGAUCGUCAACGACAGCUUAUUGUCGCCGCACGCGUUCCUUCUAUUCGAUUACUGCAAACACAUUUCUCUUGAAGUUUGUGCGAGCGUUCAGCGUAUCGUUAAAUACAUAUAUGAAUACAUUCGUCAGUUUCGGAGGAUCGUGAGUCGCCGUUUUCGGGAACGAAACUUAACCAAAUUUAGGAUGGAAAGACGUCGUGGAACACGUUACCAGCUAAGCGACGAUACUUAUCCCACUAGAAGUAAUUCCUCGAGCUUUGGUUCGAUUGCACAGCUUAGCCCGAUUUCAAAAGAUGUACAGAAAACUGAUAUUUCGAACAAUAUCAGCCCCAAGAACAAAUAUUAUCACAAUUCUGGUCAUUCAUCUUACGAGCAUAGCCCUCUUGGCAAUCAUACCGUAAUGCCAAUGUUUCCAAGGAACAAGGAGGAAUUGGAAAAUCAGACAUUUGGGUUAUUAUCCCCGAAUCAAAGUUUGUCAAAGAAAUUAUCCCCUGCGUACAGGCAGAAUCAUGCCUUGGCACGGGAAGAUUCUACGUAUUACAAUUCAGAAGGCUCGAUGUGGGAUACCGGCUUAAGUCCUAAAAUGGAUGCAAGCAUAAACGAGCUAAGAGGUGCUCAAGCAAUUGGAGGACCUUUAUUAUCGUCAACCAGAUACAAUAUAGAUCAAAGAAUAUACAGCGACGUAAAUUCUCCAGGACUUACAACUAGGUUAACGAAAUACGCGGCAGAAGCAAACAACAAGUUGAUGCACCAGUCGCAAUAUCGAGUAGGACAAUUUCCGAAAGUUAAUCUUCACGCUAGUCCAGUGCCGUUGAUAAACGCCAAGUCUGUGAGACCGAAAACUCCGGUAACAGUUAGAGUAGCUCCACCUCAUACCAUUCGAUAUUCUCCACCAUCGAAGCAGAAAAUUUUCUCGAACUCGCAUCACCCGGAUAAUAGCUAUUCUUCUCCUAGCGUCACUCAAUCUUUAAGAGCGAUACCGCUAAAGAGACGCGCGACGAAAGAAGAUGUUGCUUCCGAUCUAGCGAAAAAGCAGCGAACAGAGAGUUUAAUUAACAAAGAAUUUGAGCAAGCAAAAGAGGAGUAUGAAACGAAGCAGAAGAGGAGUAGAGAAGAAGAAUCAUUGAAAUCAGAAGAGGAUGCGUCGCCACAAAGUAAAGCCGAAUCCGCAAAUAGACCUACAAAACGAACGAAAACUCCAUCCUGUUACGACAUCAUAAAUUCGCUUAGUUCUAGUAAGCACGUUGUUUCCGGUGUCAAAAGGAAAGCUAUUGAUUUUUCACGAAGCGGAACACCAGAUUUUGAAAAGCAUUUCAAAUCUUUGGAGAGUAUACAAAACAAUAGCUCUCCUUCGUUACCACAAGUUGAAAAUGUGAGCCCAAAAUGUCCCAAUCAGGAGGUAGUACCAGAGAAGAGAAAUUCGAAUGUAUUUACUCCUCCCGAUAAGAUGCAAGAACAGUUUCCAUUAAGGGGGAUUUUGAAGUCGGCUAACAAAAGUGUCGAGACUGACCCGGACAAUAAAGAAAUUUACUCAAAGCGUUUGAAUGCGUUCGAUAAAAAUGACCGACUUAAGGAGCCUGUCGUGUCCACCGACACGGGAAAACUAACUCACAAGUUAUUUAUGAGAGCGGAGCCGGAAAGGAACGAAAAAUUGAGAAUGUUGGUCGAAGAGCAAGGUAAUAUAAGAGCGAAAUUCACAACAGACGACGUAGAAGAGAUAAAGAAAGAAGACAUAGCGGAUAUGAGGCAGACUAGUAUGAAGGCAAGGCUUCAAAGCAUGUUCGAUGCUAUAUCCGGGAAAGCGGCCAGCCAGAUUAAUCCGGACGUUGUGAUCCAAGCGGAAGAGGUGAACCCGGUUAAACCAGUCGAAUGUCCUGUGACUUGCGCGACUCUCAACUCAUCGACUACCACGACAAACGUUAAUACCACGCCUAUCUCAACGUCAGCCGUGGCACCCAGUUUCGGCGUAAACGAAACGAGUACAAAAAAUACAAAACACGUAGCCUUUAAUUUACCGAACAAGGAAGUUUCGUCGAAUAUACAGUCUAGCAACACUUUCGAGGCACAGACGAAGAGCGUUCCACCUUCUACGGCAAAUCAGACGAGCAAUGCUCCUGGAAAUAUGUUUACAACUACAUCCGCGAUCGUAUCUCAUUCUCCUGCUACGAAUGUAAAUGUAGUCAGUUCGAGUUCGACCACGCCAAAUUUCAAUUUUGGCACAUCAACACCGAGCAUGGCGACCAGCACUUCGUCCAGCACUUUGUUCACACCGAACGCUGUUUCUUCGAGUAACAAUCUACCUUCGCUCGCCACUUCCACAACGACCAGCCUAUUUGGAAACGUCACUAGCAACGUAUCAAUGUCUUCACCCGUUCCCGUAAUUUCGAGUACGACUAACGCAAAAACCGAAGCAAGCCUGAGCUUCCCGACAAACGUACCGCAAACAGUUCAGAACGUUUCAACCAGUUCAAAUCUAUCUGUGGGAAGCGGUAAUGUGGCUGCUCCAUCGACAAGCGCGAACAUCGCACCGUCAUUGACAACGUUUGUUGCGCAGAGUACAGUACCGAGUACAGGAUCAACGUCGAUUACCUCUAACAUGAACGCGAUACCGUUAAGAAUGUCUUCUUCGAUGAACGUUUCUAGUAGCGCGCCUGCACCAGUGAUACCGAGUCUUGCCACGAUUCGUGCCAAUAUGGAAAUGAUCAGUAAACAAUCUGUACCUUUGCUGAGCUUUGGAAACAAAAGUGGUAGCCUGCCAGCACCCAAGCCAAAAGGAUUCUUCUUCGGUUCAGUAGGAAACGUGUCGCAAAGUGGUAACACCUUUGGAUCUCCGGCGAACUCUCAGCAGGUUCAGAGUACAAACACGAAUACAGGGACGAGUACAACCACGAGUACAAGUAUGAACGGCCCUGCUUUGCAAAGCAGCUCCGCUUCGAACGUUGUAAUCAGCAGUACUGCGCCUAAUUUGGCUAAAACUAUGGCAGCUACGUUUACCACACCCGCGAUCUCGACGUUCAGUUUCCGUGCACCCAACCCGUGGGAAUCCAACAAAACAGGGUUCUCUUUUAAUAAUGCACCGAGCGCGACAAAGGCACCGACGGAAACCUCGAGCACACCUGCAUUCUCUACUGGUAACAAUGCUUUGCCUAGCUUCGGGAGCUUGCCGGCUAGUAAUCCAGCUAGUACCGCGGCUAGUAACCCGCCUCAGUUCACCAUGAACGCCAACCCUAUAUUUGGUAACGCGUCCACUUCGUCGAUCUUUGGGACUACAACCCCUAGUCAGUCAAUUUUCGGUACACCUUCAACGACGAACGUUACCAGCACCACUUUUGCUGCACCCAAGAGUUCCGCCACGCCGAUGUUUGGCUCCAACGUCAACACAACUUCCUCUGCAUUUGCAAACAUGAAUACGGCACCAGUCUUCUCGAACACCGCCGCUGCAUCUUCUUCAGGAGGCACGACCUGCACUUUGGCCGUGCCAGUGUUUGGCUCUUCUGCUAAUACAUCCGCUCCGAGCGCACCCGCAACAACCGGCAGUUUAUUCUCCGGCGCUAACUCGACCAGCUCGGCACCGGCGUUUGGCACGACGAGUAACAUCUUCGGCCAAGUAACCUCCUCGAGUGCAACUUUCAAAAACACCACCGGUGUGUUUGGAAGCAACAGUAGUACACCGAAUCUCUUCAGAUCUCCAACGACCACGACUUCCACGUUUGGCACCACGAACGUUGCUUCCAGUAGCAACAACAGCGUACCCGUGUUCGGUUCGGCGAACACUUCUAGCAACGUGCCUGCGCCAGCGUUUGGCACCACCAGCACCGUGACUCCUGUCUUCGGUUCGCAAAACACUGCCAAUUCAGCGACACCGGGUACCACCGCACCGACCUUUGGUACCAGCACCAACAUAUUCGGAAGCAGCAGUUCUACCGGCCUUCCUGCUUACGGCAGUAACACCGGUAGUCCUUUCGGUUCUUCCGCCUCGAGUACUUUUGGCGGGCAAAACCCCUCCACCUCUAACGCGUUUGGUGCUACCUCUAAUGUCAACGCAAACGCCAAUGUCAACGCUACCUCUAACGUGAACGUUACCAACGCCAAUACCAAUGCCAGCUCUGUUCCUGCCUUCGGCGACAACAAAGCUUUACCAUUUGGAGCUCAGUCUUCGACCUUUGGAUCGUCCAGCGCUCCCAAUACUGCUUUCGGAGCUGCCACCAACGCGAACAACGAAAACAACAAUGCCGGCAGUAUAUUCAGCUUCGGAGCGAAUCAGAAGCAACCGCAGCAGAACACUGCGUUCUCCUUCGGCAGCGGAAAUAACAACGCGAACAACAACGCUACGACAUCGUCGUCCGCGCCUUUCCAGUUCAGUGGAGCGCCAUCGAAUCUAGCAGCAUCAACAGGGGGAUUUAAUUUCUCCGCUGCAACGACCACCCCAUCCAUCAACUUUGGAACGACGAGUGCACCGACCUUCAACGCAACUGCACCUGGCAUGUUCAGCAUCGGAAGUGGCUUCACGGCGCCGAGAUCCAGGACUGCUCGCAGCAGAAAACCGAGAUGAUGGAGAAUGUAAAGCACCUCGGCCCAGCUUCUCGCAGAGCAUUCGUCGUCGUAACUCUAUCAUCGAACGUCGUCGUAAUCGAUUGAUUAACGUUUGGAUCUAUUCCGCGUAAUUUUAUAUACAUACGUUAAACGUUGUACGAUGCGUCGAGUGUCGUGUUCAAAUCGGUACAUCUACUCAAACGGACUCGUUUUAAACUGUAUUUUACGCCGUUGUUAAAUGUACCCACCUUGUAUAUACAUGAGAAAACAUUAGUGACAGACUUUUAUGUAUCACUGUUUUAAAGUCUGUUCAAGUUACGUUAUACGCGUAUAUAUACAUAUAUGCAGAGUGUCUGAAAAGGAACGUACAAGGCGAAAAGUGGAGAUUUUUCAUUUUUAAACGAGUGGAAAAGAAAGUCGAAUAGCCAAUUUUUAAUUGCUUAAGUAUAUCUCAGAAAAAGAAACUGGAAAUUGUAAAAUGGUGUAAUGUUUUGAGACACUCUGUACAUAGUUGUAUCAUACAUAGAAGCAGAAAAGAUGAAAGACGCGUGGUUGGCUAUUUUACUAACGAAAAAUUAAGUUUAAGGGUCCCGUACAUUUAACUUUUGACGUUUCGUCGAUCGAAGUGCUGAGAGUCGAAAAGAAAAAAUUAUUAUUUGUAAAGAGGACAACGUGUUCUGUAUCCGAUGCAGGUGGUCGGAGCGUACACGUGUACGGUAAAUUUGUUUUUAUAAACUUUUCAAUGGAAAAAUAAACCGUGUGAAAGGUUUUUAUAAAUGCUCAGCAUUUCGACAAAACGCAUUAACAUCUGAUCAACUGGAUAAGUCCGAAUAUCGUGUUUCGUUUUUAAUUUGUAAGUAUCGUCGAUGAAAGAAACAAAUUUCUUGCUUUUAUUUUCUCGUCUCAUAGCUGUUUCAGAUACGAAUGAAAUAAAAUGGUUCAUCCUAUAAAUGUGCUGAGAUAUAUGCAAACGAUGAUUUGUAUCGCCCUUUUAACAGAUGCAAACGAUACAGAAAAGUGGUGUAAAGCAGAGUAAUAGUAAGUUGUACCGAAUGGAAAAAAGUAAAUCUCAAGAUUAAGUUUGAAAUUAAAAAAAUGUGAUAGAUGGAAAACGACGAAUAGACGCGGUUUACCGUAACAAUGUUGUAAGAGAUACAAAAUUAUUUUUUCAGUGCUUCGAGCAAAAUGUAUCUCAUUAAAAAAAAAAGUAUUGUAAAGUUUAACAAAUGGUAGAAACACGAAUGUCGAUACUGUUCGAGUUCAGUUUCAUA